AUGGCGGCCUUCCUUGCUGGCGCCAGGCGCUUCAUACAUCGGAGACCGAGGUGGAUGUCGCUCUUCAGCUUCACAACGACGAAGCAUCUUCCAGUGCUCAUAGGAGGGUUUACAUUUACGGCCAUUUCUAGUCUUUCGGUUCCCAUAUUCUCCGUACUCUUGGGCGAGAUAUUCAAUACGUUCACACUGUUCGGUGGAGGAAAAGUUGCAAAACAGGACCUAACGCCACAGAUCAGCAAAUACGCUGUCCAGUUGGUUGGACUUGGAGCAAUCAAUUGGGUUUGCAAUAGUGUUUAUUUCAUUCUAUUCGUGAUAUUCGGAGAAUUUCAGGUUGCGAAUGCUCGCACCAAGCUCUUCGAAAGGCUUCUACAGAAGAGUCAGGAAUGGUUCGAAACGCAGCCGGAUGGCACGAGGGUCUUUCUAUCUUCUCUCCAGGGACAAAUCGAAGACCUACAGAAAGCAACAUCGCAGCCUCUCGGCCUCGCUUUGCAGUACAGUUUUCGAGCCAUUUUCUCUCUAGCCCUAGCAUUCUUCACCUCCUGGAACCUUACUCUGGCCACUUUGGCGGGAAUCCCCUUCCUCUCGGCUGCUCUCUCCUUCCUAUCUACCAGGGCGAACUCGUCUAUGGAGGCACAGAAGACAGAGCUGGGUCAUUUAUCGCUGAUAGUCGACAAUGCUACUUCAUCAAUUGAUAGCGUCAAGUCUUUCAACGGGCAAGAUACCGAGAUCCGAAACUUCGUGAGCAGCGUUGACAAUGCCGCUAUACAUUACCUCAAACGCGCGCGCUUAACAUCUCUACAAAUAUCCAUAUUGCGACUGAUGACAUUUGGAAUGUUCGUGCAGGGCUUUUGGUAUGGGAGCUCUUUGGCUACCUCCGGUGAGAUUUCAGCAGGAGAAGUGCUCAGGACAUUCUGGGCUUGCUUAGCAGCUGCCCAGUCAAUGGAGUUCCUCAUGCCACAAAUUGUCGUCCUAGCAAAAGGAAAGGAUGCAGCCAUUGCUCUGAUCCACACUUUGAGCUCGGAGUCAGAGGAUACUGUUCGAGGGGAGGGGAUGGGUUCCGUUUAUCCGAAGUUUUGCGAAGGCGAUAUCGAGGUCAGCAAUGUCUCCUUUGCUUACCCAGCGCAACCGAACAGACCGGUUUUGAAGUCGACAAGCUUCUUCUUUCCCGCCGGAGAGACAACCUUCGUUAUUGGCAGAAGUGGAUCUGGAAAGAGUACGCUUGGACAGCUGCUCACACGCUUCUACUUACCAGAGUCCGGAGAGAUUCUGAUAGACGGGGUUCCCAUCCAAUCUUUGAGCAUCGACUGGAUAAGGAACAAUAUUACUCUGCUGGAGCAGCGAAGCGUUUUGUUCAACGAAUCCAUCUUCAUGAAUAUCGCCUUUGGUAGCCGCAACUAUGAAGGACUCAGCAAGGUUGAUGUACGUGAAUGUAUCGAUCUUGCGAGGCUACAAAGCACAAUAGACGAUCUACCCAAGGGAAUUGAUACAUGUGUCGGUCAUGGUGGUGAUUUUCUCAGUGGUGGUCAAAAGCAAAGGGUGGCGAUUGCGAGGGCACGGUUAAGGGAUACGCCUAUAUUGAUAAUGGAUGAGCCUACAAGUGCGCUUGAUGCCACCAACCGCGUCGAAAUAACAAAAGCUAUCCGGGAAUGGCGUCGAGGGAAAACAACUAUCAUCAUCACACAUGAUAUGUCGCAAAUCAUGGAUCAUGACUUUGCCUACAUCAUGGACCAAGGCUCGGUUAUUCAAGCUGGCUACAGACAUGAACUGGAGGAGAGCAAUACGUGUUUUGCUGCCUCGGACAAACUCCAUCGUGAGGAAAGUGAGCAUGGCGUUGUCCACAGUUCUUCUGAUCGAUGCUCCAGUGUUUCUUCAAGGUCCUCAAUCGAGGGUACACGCGGUCCAAGCCCUGAUUCGUUCUCUCGACACAGCGAGCUUGCACAGCGUUCUUAUGCUAUCCACGGCUACAAAAGAAGCAUACAGAGCAUUCGUCAAUCUGCAGACACUCAAAGGUUCAGACCACGUCGUGAGUCGAUUGGAAUGCAGAUGUUCGAGCUCAAUACCGUCCAUGUCGAUGAUACGAACUUCCAGUCCAACCGAUUCAGACAAAGUAUACUUCCUGUGAAUGAUGUCGUCAAUGAGAUUAACAGGGCCAGAUCGAAGCACCGAAGCAAGCGGUCAUACAAGAAUGCAGCACGGCUCGCGCCACAAGAAAGCAUGUCAUUGGGGCGGAUCAUGCUGACCAUACUUCCUAACCUGACUCGAGGUCAAAAGCUGCUUCUUUUGCUAGGAUGUUUCAGCACCCUAGGUCACUCGAUGGCUACUCCGCUAUUUUCUUAUUGCCUAUCGAAGCUCCUUGAGACGUUUUACAACAAGCAAGCCAAAGCCUCGACAUGGUCACUGAUAGUCCUGGGAAUAGCCAUAGGUGACGGCGUUAUAUCGUUCCUGAUGCAUUAUCUUCUGGAGCUAUGUGGUCAGGCGUGGGUUGACCGUCUCCGCAAAAGAGGUUUUCAUCAUAUUCUUGACCAGCCACGAAAAUGGUUUGAAGAAGCAGGAAAUGAACCUUCCCAACUCACCUCGUCCCUCAACCACAGCGCCGAGGAGAUGCGAAACCUGGUCGGUCAUUUCGGUGGCUACGUCCUGGUGGCCACUUCAGUCACCGUGGUAGCUAUCAUAUGGUGCAUGGCUGUUUGUUGGAAACUGACCCUCGUGGCAGUGGCUUGCGGGCCGAUCAUCUAUGCCAUCACCAGAGGGCUCGAGAAAACCACCGGAAUAUGGGAGAGACGUUGCACCGGGGUUAAAACGACAGCGUCGGAGAUGUUCAUCGAGACAUUCUCGCAGAUUCGCACCGUCCGCACAUUGACCCUUGAGCCUUACUUCCACAAGAAGCAUAUGAAGGCAGCAGCACUGUGUAUGGUACUCGGAGUAAAGAAAGCUGUCUAUACCGGCUUUCUCUUUGGACUGGUAGAGUCCAUGAUCAUAUUCGUCAGCAGCCUGAUCUUCUAUUACGGAGCAGUUCUCGUAUCAUCGCUCGAAUUUACCGUCACCAGCCUCAUGACAGUCUUCUCUGUCCUUCUCUUCAGCAUCGGAUACGCAAGCACAGUACUAUCAUGGAUCCCCCAGAUCAGCGUUUCCCACAUAAUGGCCAACCAAGUCCUACGUCUCGCACACCUCCCACGCGGCGCAUCCCACGAACACCGGGGCACUCUCAAAAUCACCACAGCCGCACCAGUAAAGAUCACGAACCUAAACUUCCGCUAUCCAUCCCGCCCGGACGCACACGUCCUACGCGACAUAUGCAUCACCAUCCCCCGAAACCAAAGCACAGCAAUCGUAGGCCGAUCAGGCUCCGGCAAGUCCACAAUAGCAUCCUUACUCCUGAACCUCUAUGAAGCCCCCACCACCACAAACAGAACCUCCCCUAUAUCCCUAAACGGAAUCGACCUCCAACGCAUCCACACCCCAACCCUCCGCUCCCUCAUCACCAUCGUCUCCCAACGACCCUCCAUCUUCCCCGGCACAGUAGCAGACAACAUCAGCUACGGCCUCGAACCCGACUCCCCACUCCGCACAAUGUUCCACAUCCGCGCCGCAGCAGAAGCAGCCGGGAUCGACGACUUCAUCACAUCCCUGCCCAAGGGCUACUUCACUAUGAUAGGCGACGGCGGGGCCGGUAUGUCGGGGGGACAAGCGCAACGGCUGGUAAUUGCACGGGCGCUGGUGCGACAGCCACAGCUUCUUAUCCUGGAUGAAGCCACGUCCAGCCUGGAUCCGAAUAACGCUAAGAUCAUUCGACGGACCGUGCAGAGGUUGGUCGCGACGCGGAAGGGCCUUACUGUCUUGAUCAUUACGCAUGCAAGGGAUAUGAUGGAGAUUGCGGAUAAUGUUAUUGUGAUUGACAAGGGUUGUGUGGUGGAAGCGGGGAAGUAUAGGGUGCUUUCUCGGCGGCAGGGUGGGAAAUUAAGGGCUUUGAUUGAGGAGGGGGAUUCUGAGGUGGAUGGAUGA